CACUUUUGUGAAGCCCUCACCCUCUUUCCCUUUAGGGUCACUGUUUAUUAUCCUCUUCGGGUUAGUCUACCCGACAUUUUGCCUUCGUGAAUAAACCUACUUUGAGGACUUCGGACGACGCAUAUACUCUGUCUCUGUCUCUGUCUCUGUCCUCGUCCAGAAUCGCAAGGACUGGAAUGAAGGGGCGCAGAUGGAAUGCUUAUCCACGCCAUCUGAAUGGCCCUGCAGAGUUUUUUUUUCUCUCUCACGUCUCAAUCACCGCUUCCAGAUGCCCAAGUAUUCAAUGCCAUGCGAUGCACGUCAAUGCAAUUGUCUCGGUCCUCCCUCGCAGCACGGCCCUGAUGACUCGGGCUGCAUUCUGCACGCUGUAAUUCACUCUUCGUACUUGGGAUUUUUCUUUCUUUACCAUUCUGCCCUACCUGACGUAGUAGGUGAUUGAUAUCUGCCUAGGUCAUGUAGCGCCCAUUACCAG